ACUCCCGGGCGGGGCGGAAGGGUGAGGGGAAGGAGCCCCCCAAUGGGCGGCCUCCUGGGCGGGACCCGGGUUGCCAUUGGCUACAGCAGCUCACAAGGGGCGGGGUCACCGGAAUGAGGCGCGGAGCUGUUCGCCUCUCCAGGUGCUGAGUCCGAGGGAGGCUCCGGACACGGGAGCCGCGGUAACUGCAGCUGCCGCCGCCGCUGCUGCUGCUUCUGCUGCUGCCGCCACCGCUGCUGCUGCUGCUGCCGCUGCUGCUGCGCCGCGGCCGCCACCCCACCCCCCGCCGGGAGAACUAGCAUCGGGAAGGAAGGGCCGUGAGAAGUCCGGAGGACCUGGGUGCGCUGCCCGCGGCUGAGCGCUCUCCCGCCGCUCUGAGGUCCUUGACUCCAGAGUGACGCCCUCCUCACGCAGGAGGAGAAGGUCCCGCGGCCCUUCCGCUGGUUCCCCGGCAGGCCUCAGUGGCCUAGCAUGGCCCACUGAGGGGAGCCAUGCCUGGCUGGCCAACACCCGCCACCAGCCCUCCAGAGUCACGCCUCAGCAGGAGGUGACCCCUCCUCUGCCUGUACCCCACGCACCCCCCCACCCCCCCGGGAACGUGCCCGCGCCGCCACGGACAACAUGUAGGAGGGCCGACUGCGGCGCCCAGCGAGCUGCGAUGGUUUUGUACACGACGCCCUUUCCCCACAGCUGUCUGUCCGCCCUGCACGCCGUGUCCUGGGCCCUCAUCUUCCCAUGCUACUGGCUGCUGGACCGGCUCCUGGCCCUGUUCAUACCCGACCCCUGUCAGAAGAGCCAGCUGCUCUGCGUCUUGCUGUUCAUGCCCAUCUACCUGGGCCUCCUGGUCACCUCGCUGCCCUUCGCGUUUCUCGGGUUCCUCUUCUGGUGCCCCCUGCAGUGUUCCCGCAGGCCCUACGUCUACUCCCGGUUGGAAGACAAGAGCUCGGCGGGCGGGGCAGCCCUGCUCAGUGAAUGGAAGGGUACGGGUCCCGGCAAAAGCUUCUGCUUCGCCACCGCCAACAUCUGCCUCCUCCCCGACUCUCUGGCCAGACUCAACAAUGUUUUUAACACCCAAGCACGGGCCAGGGAGAUCGGGCACAGAAUUCGAAAUGGGGCCAGCCGGCCCCAGAUCAAAAUCUACAUCGACUCGCCCACCAAUACCUCCAUCAGCGCGGCCAGCUUCAGCAGCCUGGUGUCACCCCAGGGCGAUGGCACGGCCCGGGCUGUCCCCGGGAGCAUUAAGAGGACGGCCUCCGUGGAAUACAAGGGCAACAGCGGGCGUCCCCCCAGUGACGAGGCUGCCAAUGGCCCAGCCUCUGGGGACUCAGUGGACUGCGGGAGCCUGGAGAACGCUUGCAUCGUGCGCAUCGGCGGCGGCGGCGGCGACGAGGGGGGACGGCACCCUGAAGCCGAGGACCCUGCCCCCGGAGGCCAGGCCAGAAACGGGGCUGGCGGGGGUCCGCGGGGCCAGACGCCCAACCACAGUCAGCGGGACGGGGACUCGGGGAGCCUGGGCAGCCCCUCCGCUUCCAGGGAGUCCCUGGUGAAGGCGCGCGCCGGGCCGGACGGCGGCAGCGGGGAGCCGGCAGCCGCCUGCGGGAAGGCCCCGCACAAGGCCUCGGUGGUGAAGAAGCCGGCGGCGCGCAGGAGGCGGCACCCCGACGAGGCCUUCGACCACGAGAUCUCGGCCUUCUUCCCCGCCAACGUGGACUUCCUGUGUCUGCAGGAGGUGUUCGACAAGCGGGCGGCCAGCACGCUGAAAGACCAGCUGCACGGCUACUUCGAGUACAUCGUGUACGACGUGGGGAUCUACGGCUGCCAGGGCUGCUGCUGCUGCCGGGGCGGCUGCUGCUUCAAGUGUCUCAACAGCGGCCUCUUCUUCGCCAGCCGCUACCCCAUCAUGGACGUGGCCUAUCACUGUUACCCCAACGGGAGGGGCUCCGACAGCCUGGCCUCCAAGGGAGCGCUGUUUCUCAAGGUGCAGGUGGGAAGCACACCUCAGGACCAAAGAAUUGUUGGGUACAUCACCUGCACACACCUGCAUGCCCUGGAAGAUGACAGUGCCAUCCGGUGUGAGCAGCUGGACAUGCUUCUGGAAUGGCUGGCUGAUUUCCGAAAAUCUACCUCCUCGUCCAGCACAGCCAACCCCGAGGAGCUGGUGGCGUUUGACAUUGUCUGUGGAGAUUUGAACUUUGACAACUGCUCCUCAGACGACAAGCUGGAGCAGCAGCACUCCCUGUUUACACGCUACAAGGACCCGUGCCGCCUGGGGCCUGGGGAGGAGAAGCCAUGGGCCAUCGGUACCUUGCUGGACACGGAUGGCCUCCAUGAUGAGGACGUGAGCACCCCUGAGAAUCUACAAAAGGUCUUGGAGAGCGAGGAGGGGCGCCGGGAAUACCUCGCCUUCCCCAGCAGCAAGAGCCCGGGGGCGUGCCAGAAGGGACGCAAGGACAUGCUGAAGGGCAACGGCAGGCGCAUCGACUACAUGCUGUACGCAGAGGAGGGGCUGUGCCCGGACUGGAAAGCUGAGGUGGAAGAAUUCAGUUUUAUCACCCAGCUGUCCGGCCUGACUGACCACCUCCCGGUGGCCAUGCGGUUGAUGGUGUCUUCAGGGGACGAGGAGGCAUAGACCAGCCCGGUCACCACAGCAGCCUGGCCUCUGCUAGCCCUUUGAGCUGACCCUGCCUGGCCACUGCCCCUCCAGCAGCAGCGCCAGGAAGAGGGCGGGGCCCGGGGGAGCAGAGGCCAUUCCUGGUGAGCUGGAGCCAGCGCUGCCCAGCGCCUCUGGGCACUCACUGCGGACGCAGGAGUCAGGCCAGCCCGAGGAGCCCAGCCGCCCAACCAGUGCCAUUCUUUCCAAACGUGAUUUUCUACAAAUCUACAGCACAACCUAGUUUGUAACCCGUGGGUUAGUAUGAGGACUGGGUUUCUGUACUCUUUGUAUCUCUUCUCAAGCUUCGUCCAGGGUUCAUUAUUUUUGUCUGCUGCCACAUUGUCUCGCAUGCCUGCACCCUCGCAUGCACGCUGCCUGCAUGCCCUGUGCCACGCCACAGCCAGACCCCUCGCUCGGGCCUCACCCAAGGCCAAACUCCAAACACAAUUAGAACCAGCCAAAGAAGCACUCCUGGGCACAGGGCCGCCAGCUCGCUGCCUCCAGCUGGGACGGCUCGUGAGCAGGAACCGUGAGGGCUGUGUCCAGUCACCGCGAGCCCGGGCUCUUCCCAGGGUCUUGCAUUCAAGGGCGAUUACAUUUUAAAAAGAAAAACAGGAAAAGCUAAGAACAGAAACAACCCCUCACUUCAGAGGGUCUGCAAACCACAAGGGAGGAUGCUGCUCUUCCUGAGACAGGCUUGCUCCCCGGAGUGCCAGGGCCCGGGGACUCCCGCGCGGAGCCACAGCCCGGAAGCCGAGGAGAGAACGACUUCUCUACAGGAAGAAGGGAACUCAAGGAUACAGGGAAGAGGGAGCUGCUGGUUUUGGAAAUGAUAGAUUCGUAGCUUUUCUUCUGCCAAAACCAUCACCUCCUCUUUCUGCCUGAUCCUAUCUACCCCCCAGACACCUCUUUGGUUUGGGACCAAUCCCUCCCUGGGCACUGUCCCCAUCCACCUGCUGGCUGAGCUCGGGAACUGUCCGCCCGUCUCCGGUGGGGCUGUGGCUCUGUCCCCUCCUCAAAAGCAAACCUGGGCCCUGAAAGGGGCCCUGGACAAAGGGGUGGGAAGCCAAAGUGCAGAGAAAGGCCUGUCCCUUCACCCUGAGAGGGUGCAGGCUGGGGGUGGCAAGGUCAGGAGCUACUGCUUGCACAGGGCAGGGAGGGGUACUGGUUGGCACCCAGGCACAGCGUGGCAGAGCCUGUAGGUGAGGCCCGAGGCUCGCCACCCCACGGCAGCACUGCCUCUGCCCACCUACCUGCCUUUUUAAACACACCUGGGAUGCCCCCUGCAGUCACACAGGGAAGACUGUGUCUGUUUCCCGGUGCGAGGUUCCCCCAACUCGGGGGGCUGUUCUCGACACCCUCACUGGUCUCCCCUCCCCGCAGUGCCCUGAUCUCUGCCCAAACAGCUGAAAGCCAGCUUUGUCCAGCAAGGCCGGGGAACAUACCAGGACCCUUCUGGUGUCGGUGCGCUGGCGCUGUGCCUUGUCACCCACUGAGCUGCAAGAAGGACCCAGAGGGGUCCAAGCAGCCAGAGGUCAGGCCCUGUGCUGGGAGAGGACACUCUUGACAGCCAUACCCACAGUGGCACUGGUUGGUCCGACCCCACCUGGCCGGAGCAGUGGCACAGCUGAGGGCUUCAACACUCCCCCAGCCCUGCCCCUGGGGGCCCAGGGCCAGGAGGGGUAACUCACUGCUGAGGGCACAGUCCCAUCUGGGCUCUCCGCUGCGCCCCUCCUCCCAGGGCCUGGCUGUCGGGUCUUAGCCAGGCUUUGAGGGGUCAUAGGGCCCCCAACUCUUAGGAGCAGCCGGGAAUCUCUGCUCACACAGGCAGGGCCCAGUUGGGCAGGUGUGAUGCACAGAUGGCGGGGCCUGAGCUAAGGACCCCAGGCCGCAGGUCACUGUGUGCGCAGGAGGGAGCAGUGGAGACAGGCCAGGGCUCCUGAGCGCAGACACUCCACACAGCUUCCAGCCCUCCGAGGGGCUGCCUCCCUCCCCGGGCAGCUGGGCGGGGCCAGGGCGCAGGGGCACGGGCUUCUCUCCCUUCUCGCAGGGCGGCCUCAGGCAAGUCAUACCUCCCUGUGCCUCGGUCAUGGUCACGUCCUCUCCUAACAAGGCUGCCUUUGCCCGGCCCGGCACGGCCCUGGUGUUCCGCCGCCCGGCUCCCCCGCACCUCCCCCAGCCUCGGCCUCCGCGCCUGGGCUGCCAUCACCCAGCCACAUGCUUCAGAAGCCUGUGGACUCCCGGGGCCAUGCACAAGCCAGACUUUUCCAUUUUAAUUUUUAAAAAGGAAAGAAAAGAAACAUCGCCAGGAUCUCCUAUUCUGUGGUGUUUGGCCUGGGAGGGGCGGACACAGGGGUCACCCAAAUCCCCAGCUGAGGUCCUGCACCGGCCCCAGCCCCGGCCCGGCCUCCCCCAGAGAAGCCAGGAGGCAGGGUCAGCUUCGGAAGGAAAUGGUCAUUUUCAUUUGUCUAAAUCACCUUGAGUUUUAAGUAUGAAUAUUAAUCUUGAUGCUUUUUAACUAUUGUAUUAACUUGCUGAGAUUUAGAAAUACUGUUUUAAAAAGGAAAACAACUUUUUUAAUUUCUGUAUUUUUUUCUGUAUUGUAUCUUCAUGGGACAUUAGGGGUUUUAUAUGGUAAGCACACCUAAGGUUUUGGUAAACACAUUAUCAAAUAUGUACACAGAC